AUGUCACGCCUUGACAAGAAGUGCUUAAGGACGGUUUGUAAGUACUUCCAAAACAUUGAAGACUUUGUUUCGAUGAUUCAAGUUAAAAAAGGGUUGAAGAACCUCUUUGAAAAAUACACUCAAAACCCAAUUCCACUCACACAAAAAACUCGAGCAUUCUUUCCAAACAUUACAGUGUACUCAAUUUCAACUGUCAGAAGCAACACUUUUCAAGACGGUAAAAUCAAUCAAUUGUUAUAUAACUUCACAGUAGAUUAUGAGCGAUUUCUUGUUGAGAGAAGUCGUAACAACAUAUGUAGAAAAGUGGUGUUUACCCAACAAAACAAGGCAAAGUUUGGUGUGGGUGUACCUGAUGGUGUCAAUGUGAUAGAAGACGCUUGUUUUCUAAAUAACCGAAUGUCUCAAAUAGUGUUACCAACAUCAUUAACAAGUCUUCCAGACUCUUGUUUUGAUGGAUGUGAGAACUUGAGGAAGCUUAAGAUGUCGCAAAGAGUCACUUCAAUAGGAAACGCUUGUUUCAAAGACUGCACACAACUGACUAAAAUAGAAUUGCCGUCGUGUUUAGUGUCUUUAGGUAAAUUGUCGUUCUACUCUUGUUACCAAAUCACCACAUUAAAGAUCCCAAAACACAUUCAAAGUAUUGGGAGUGGGUGUUUCAUUAUGUGUUCACAGUUGAAGUCGAUUACAUUUCCAUCAUCUUUGACGUACUUAGGAAAUUCCAUCUUAUUCAAUUGUAUGAACUUGGAGUCUGUGAUCCUCCCAAACUCUUUACUCACACUCGGCGACUUCUUCUUUGCGAAUUGUGCCAGUUUGAAACACCUCGAAAUACCAAUGACAGUCACUUCGUUGGGAAGUAAUUGUUUCAAUGGCUGCUCACAACUCCAAAACAUCUUCUUACCACUCAACUUGAAUUCUAUAGGAAUGCGCUGUUUCAGUAAAUGCUCAUCACUUCGUAACAUAGAAGUCCCAAAAACUGUAUUGAAAAUAUCACUCUAUGCGUUCGAAGAAUGUCACAGACUCUCUGCUAUUACUAUACCAUCGCGCUUUAAAGAUACGACUGACAUCUUCUCGUUCAAACUCCCAACAGAACUGAACAUCCUCGUGUACUAUAAUUAA